UUGUGUGAAAGAAUUUAGAUUUAUUAAUUUCAAUUCACCAUAAACCGAAAUUAAAUUCAUCUCGAAAUCUGGAUUACAGCAUAUGUUCUUUGUUAAAAUUUAUUAUUUGCAGUGCAAUAUAUGUUUUACAACUAAAUUUAUGUAACAAAAAAGCGCUUAAUGAAAAUCGCAUUAUAAUUAAGUACGUUCAUUGAUACAUAAUCAAAGUAGUUCGUAGGGAACUAGGGAAGUUAUUGAAGACUUUGUUGACGAAAUGAUAUGUGUCUUUAAUCAGUCACGAAUUGAAAAAAUUCGAAAUUUUAACCAGGUUGUGCUAUAACUAUGCAAUAGUUUGCCUUUAAUCACGUAUUCUAAAGGAAAGGUGGAUAAGACAAUGCAUUGUAGUUACGUCGAUGAGAAGUGUGAAUUCCCCGAAGUGAUUUUUUGACAUCGACAUACACGACGCAAAAUGGCGGUUAAAAAACGUGAACUCGUUCAAGACAACUGCCAGCUGGAUUUGAAAGCGCUGGCGCAGUACAUCCAGAUGAUGAAUGAUCAACCCAACUACCUCCCGCAAGCCCUGGACUUGAUUAAGAACUGUCAAGAUAUUGUUAAAUGCCUCACUCUUGCUACGGGAAACGAAUGGAAUCUACUGCAGUCAAUUGAAGAGUUCUUUUUGCGCGUUGUUAACCACGUCCAUUGCACUUUGCGUCACGAAAUCGUAACAGCCGUACUCGACAAACUGUAUUCGUUUAUAUCGGACCCGAAAAGCCACAUUGGACCUCAGACGUCUGUCGUGUUAGUUGUGCUCGAUGGCUUAGACGACGCGGCCACAAUGUCGAACGCACGUUGGCUGGUCCAACAAGGCGAAUCCGGACCGGACGGCGCUGGAUUGAGGGCUGCUCUAUCAGUCCUCUAUUGUUGGAUGCACAGCUGGCAAGGAACACCUUUGCUCGGCGAUUGGGUCAUGGCGUACAUAAAAGCUUUGGAGGAAAAUGAAAAAUUCGAAAUAUUACUUGAUGUCUCUCUCGAGAACCUAGAGAAGUUAUUCUUGGCUUUGGGUGAACCCGGAACUUUACGGACUUCGGAGGCGGACGUUGUCAUUCACAUCUUGGCGUCGUUACGAGAACAGCAAGAGGCUCUUGAUAAGAUCGCCACGAACGUAAGGAAGGUGCUCGGGAAUCUGGCCGCGGACAGUCGACAAAGCAGCCGGCAACACUUACAGAACGUCGUCGAUAUAGUCAAUGCUAUGGUGGACUACAAAAUGGAACCACUCAAAGGAGAGCCAUUGGAAACCUUCAAGGACAAAUACGAAGAUUUGAUUUCAUGCUUGGAAUAUCACAUGGCAUCCCGAUGGUCUCGGUUUAAGCAUCUCCCGCCAUGGAGGCCUCGGGGACUCCCCGCAUCGCCUCCGAAUUCGAAGCAACCGCCGGCUAGAAAAGUUGGCCUCCUGAAUUUGGGCAACACGUGUUACAUGAACAGCGUCAUGCAAGCCCUGCUCGUUACCAGACACUUCAGCACACACGUUAUGAUGAAAAUGAACGCCGUACCGUACUGGUCGAAGAUGGGGAUACUGUUCGCCAAAAUGAUGCACUCCUACAACACGAAGCUGAAUCCUGACGAAUUCUUCAAUGUCGUGAAGCCUCCGUUCUUCACAGUUAAUAACCAACACGAUAGCUCUGAGUUUUUAGGGUAUUUGUUCGUGCUCCUCCAGUCCUACGAACACUGUUCGGACGUGAACUUUGAUUAUUCUCGGCAAGCUGUCAUGACCGCCGGCACACGGCAGACCAGAUCAUCUCACGCGUCACAAGCCUCGCACGCCGCGCAACCGACACAAGGGGCCGGCGACGACGCAGGGUCCAGUAAUCGAGGAUCCCUGUCUCCAAGACCUAGCAGCAGCGUGUCGCGACCGGGUGGCAGUUCUUCGAGAGCUGGUGGCAGUGGGGCACGCGCAGGUAGCAGCCAUUCGAGGCCUAGUAGUUCUUCUGGCUCCGGCAACAGCAAAGCAACGUCCUUGGACGUGGACUCAAUGAUGCCGCCGAAAAAACGGAUGCGGCAUUUGUUCGAUACAACGUUCUUACGGCGAGAUUCGAUUAUAGAUACAAUGUUCGGUGGGGUUUUGUUGACGCGCGUCGAAUGCACCGAUUGUCAUUCUUCGUCGCUUUCCCGCGACGUGUUCCGGGACCUCCAACUCGCGUUUCCCGAUAAGCCCGAAGCGUCACAGCACAGCGUCCAGAGCCUUCUAGAAUAUUACUGCUCGAAAGAGAGCCUCUCGGGCGAUAACAAGUAUCAGUGCCGUGACUGCGGAGGCCUACGUGACGCCGAAAGGAGCGUCUUAAUCGAAACCUCGCCGAAAUAUCUAAUACUCGUUUUGAAGAAUUUCAAGUUCGAGCCAAAGAUUCAGGUUCAGACGAAGCUGAUGCACUCUAUGUACCAUAACCAGUCGGUGACUCUGCCGACUGUCCGGGCCCGUGGUCAGCACUCUGCGUACUCGCUUUACGCGGCGAUCAUCCACGCCGGCACCACGCUCGACUCCGGUCACUACUACACCCUAGCUAAAGACAACGACCAAUGGCACAUAUACAACGACGACAUCGUCACAAAUGCCGACGAAUCGGAGUUCAGCAAGCUACAUCCGAACAGCACUCCGUAUAUACUGUUCUACAGGAGAUCAGACAUGGAGGAGAGUUCGGCUCCGACUCUCGAGGAGUUGCCUCCUAAACUGCAGGAGUGCGUGAUGGCCCACAACAAGCACUACAUGGAGAAAGUGCGGGCGAUACAUUUGUCGCGUCCAUGACGGUUAAGGUCCAAUAAGUAUAUAGAUUUUUCAGUAUUGGAGUAUUUCGACCCUGAAUAAACUAUAUCGACUGGACGAAUUUUCUGAUGUAUUUCGCUUUGGCAUUCAUGUUUUGGUGAUUCGGAUUCGAUUUUUUUUUUUUAUAAAUAAAUAACAAACUGGAAGUUUUUUUUAAAUUAGUCAAUGAAUAAAGUUCAGAUUGUUGUUUGUAACGUUUCUUUAUCUUGAAGGGCUAUGAAAGUAAGAAAAUCUCUGAACGAACGAUCAUAAUUUUAUUAUUAUUUGCGUCGUGAAAUGUUGAGUUUUUUUUUUUUUAUAUGAAUUAGUUAAUAAGGAAAUUUUUUUGACAUUGAUGUUUUAUUUAGAAGGUCUUGUAGAAUAGUGUUUCCGGUAUUUGUGAGUUAUUAUUAUUAUUACUUACGGAACGAUUAAAUUAAAAAAACAAAAGACCACCGGUUGGUUAAUAUUAAUCGAUAAUAUAAAAUUAUUAAUCGAUAUGUAAUAUAAAGAUGUAAGUUGGUUUAUUAAGGUGAUUAAACCAAAAUCGUAACUAACGCUUGUGGGAAGCGCGUAUUUUUCAUAAUUUCCGAAUUGAAUAUUUGAAAUUGGAGCUAUUCGAUUUUAUAAAUUGAAAGGACUUAUUUACGAUCGGGGUUUUAUUUUUAAUGAUUGGAAAGAAAAGACAAGCCACUACACAGGAUAUGUUAUAAAGUGAAUAAAAUGAAAAACAAGGGUGUUUAACAUAUCGUCUCUUCACAUUAAAAGUGUACAAUUUUCAAAAAUAUUCGAAAUUAAGUUAAUAUGCGCAAUCAUUUGGUAUCACCAGUAUU